CCUCCCGCCCCCCUCUCCUUCCUUCCUGCGCCGCGCUCUCGCCAAGCCUCCGCUGUUUAAAUGGGCCAAGUUGAGAAGCGGCGGAGAGUGCAAAUCUUGUUUGGUCUGGGUCUGUGAACUUCAGCGUGACUUAAGCAACACCCAGCAGUCUGAAUCUCAACAACUCUUUCUAAACUUUCAGAGGCAUUAAUGACGCGAAAAUUCUCAGUUUGAGUUUGGUUUCUGAUUAAUAACGUGUGGCAAUGUGGUUUAUUUAAUUUUUAUUUAUUUUUUCAUUUUUAAAUUUUUAUUUUUUAAAUCAGCUGUGUAACUGAGUACUGGUCAUGUAUAACUCCCUAUUCCCCUCGGAAGUAAUUUGGUCUGGCUUUAUUUAAAUUUCGCCUCAUUAUAAUCAUAAUAAAAAUCUUUUAAUUUUACCCAAAUGUGAUAGGACGAGUCACUCUGAGCAGUGGUGAUCUAACCUAAUGUAAGUGGCUCAGGGCUUCCCAGCAUGACAGGUAUUAACAGAGCGAGCGAGAUUAAAUGUGGGAGGUAGGAGAGCUGCGACGCUGCCGCUGCGAGCUGGAAACUACUGAAUGGGAAUCUAUCCGGCAACUUCAGCAGACCGCUCUCUCACGGCGACACGGGGGCUCCUCUGCGUAAAACCGAGCGGCGCGUCUUCCAGUCUGGCUCAGCCCCGCUUGCACGCCAGGAGGACGCUCAAGUUGGAUCGGGCGCGCAGUUUCUCACUCCUUCCCGGCGCUCGGCUCCCACUAACAUGCCUGCCAUCAAGAAGGAGCGGCUGGAUGGAGACGACAUGGCUCUGACCGCCUUCAACCAGUCCGAAUACCUGGCCCCUUUAAAUGCCACCGCCAUCCCCGUGGUGACCCCGCACCCGCCGCCCUACGAGCACAUUUUUGCCCAUCACCGCGCGUACUUGGGGCUCCACGACUCGGCGCUGCAUCACCAGCACCUCCACCACCACACGGACGACUUGAUGCUGGAGAGGUUCUCCUCCAUCCCGGACUUUCAGCCCUUCUUCGACAACGGGGAGCCGUGCAUCGAGGUGGAGUGCGGCGAGAACAAGGCUUUGCUUUAUAUCAACAAACUGUGUCAGGGCAGUAAGGGACCCUCGAUAAAAUACAGGGGCGAGUGGCUCACCCCCAACGAGUUCCAGUUUGUUAGUGGACGGGAGACUGCCAAAGACUGGAAGCGGAGCAUUAGACACAAAGGAAAAAGUCUCAAGACUCUCAUGUCCAAAGGAAUCUUACAGGUGCACCCUCCGAUUUGUGACUGUCCUGGCUGCCGGAUUUCAUCUCCAGUGAACCGCGGGCGCUUGGCAGAGAAACGCACCAUCCCUCUUCCACCCAACCGGGUGCCCAAGAAGGAACUGGCUUCAAUUUUCAGCAGUGACGACAGCGAAGGCAGCGAGCGGGCCAGCGGGGAUCAUGCCCACAUCAAGCAGGAGGAGGAUUUGCAUUACAGUAUCAUGAGAAAAAGUCGGGACGGUGACCUCUCUACAAUUAUCUCCAACCUGCACCACACCAGACAGCACGGUAUGCCCGAGGAGCAGUCAGCCUCUGACCACAGCACCAGUACUCGACACACAGACGACCUCCUGGGCAAAAGGAGAAGCUUCUCUCCCAACAGCAGCAGCGAUUGUCCCUCUGAUAGCAAGAAGUCACGCAGUGUCUCUCCAAAAGAAAACUCCCAGAGUCCCGUGGUGGAGGCAGGCGGCAGCCACGGCCACAUGAGCACCGUGGAGCAUUACAGGCGCAUGAUGUCAGCGCUCAGUGAGCAGGGAUCCUUCGAGGAGCAGCAGCAACGCCUCUACCAGCUGGCGAGCAGCAUGGGCCUUCCCGGCCACGACAUUCUGCGGGCUCGUCAGGAGGCGCUGGCUGCGGCAGUCAGGAAUCCGGCAGCCUUAGAGGCCCACCUGCCCUCAGCGGGCAGCUCUUCAUCAUCCAGCCAGAGACGUAAGCAGGGCCUGCCGCAGCACCGCGACGCACAUUACACCGACAGAGAGCUGUCCCAUCCUCCGCCCCUCCUGUCCCCUCCAACUGCUCCUCACGUCACCUUAGGGCCUCACCUGCGGCCCCCCUUCCUGGGCAUGCCCUCCGCCCUCUGCCAGACUCCUGGUUAUGGGUUCCUGCAGCCGGCCCAAGCUGAGAUCCUGGCUCGACAACAGGAGCUUUUAAGGAAGCAGAAUCUGGCUAGACUUGAGAUGUCGGCAGAGCUGCUGAGACACAAGGAGUUAGAGAGCCUCCACCAGCACCAGCAGCAGCAGCAGCAGCGACUGCUCGGGUCAGACCCUCUGGGAGCCCUUCCUCCCGGCCUGCCCCCCGACCACCCGGCCCUGCGCAGUCUCCACGACAUCCCUGAGGGACACCCCCUACGCGAGGAGCUGCUCCGCCGUUCCAAUGCGAUGCUGGUGCUUCGCCACGGGGCCGCCACUCCCCUCCUCACUCUCAACCAGCAGCAGCAGCAACCGGGAGCGUCGUCCACGCCCAAGGACACCCAGGCGCAGAGCUCCAUUGUCGGGCCGGGUGCCGAAUCCAGAAAGGUCAAUCGCAGGGAAGCUCAGAAGGAGCUCCGCGCCGGGGAUCACAGAGGAGGAAGAGACAACGGGGGAAGGGAAGGAGACAUGGAGGUGCACGACGAGGAGAUGAAAGACUCAGACAGCGAGACGGAGAUGAGUGAAGAGAGGCGAGAGGGGCUGGUUUCCAAGCCCGGCAGUAAACCCAGGGACAGAGAUAGGAGCAGGGGCAAGGAGGCUGGCAGCAAGGCGGGGUGUGAGAGCGCCAAGGAGACCGGAGGGCGCUCAGGGAGGCUGAGCGCCUCCAGCUCAGCAGAUACCGAGUCACCUAGUCGCAACCUUUUCACUCCUGGACUUGGCAAGGCCGAUCUCAAAUAUCACCUGCCACCGGGUUUCAUACCGCCAUUGCCUGCUCUUCACGCCCAGUCGCUGCCCUUUGGAUUUCCCUACGCCAGCCCUUACUUUCCUGCGGGCUCUUUGGGGGGUCUUUUCAUGGACGGGGAGGACUCAGCCACGUCAAACCCUGUGGAGGACGUCAGCAAGUGGAGCGUGGAGGAUGUAUGCGGCUUCAUAAGCAGCCUGGCUGGAUGUGCCGAAUACGCACAGGUGGCGCGUCGUGUCGGCAGGCUCUUCUAUAUGACAGGAUUUCCUCUGGCGUUCCCGUUUCCACCUUCUGCUGUGCUGCGCCCCCCAGAUCGGGACCCCCUACCCGUGGCGUCUGAACCCCCGCUGACCCUGUCAAUGCCACAUCGGCCCACCUCAACCAGCAGCAGCUCUUCUCCAUACAGCGGCCCUACGGCCGGAUGCUCGUCCCCCAAACAGGAAAACGGCACCGGCUCGGCAGUGGUGGGGCGGUACGAGGCUAAAACGCCCUCAUAGGAGCAGACGCGCGGAUGUGAGCAAACCAGACUCGCCGACGUUUCAGACAUUUCAAAUCGACGGUGAAACAUUAGACUGGAAUAAAAGACUAGUGGACAGAGUCUGCAGUGGCUUGGAGACGAGCAGAACCCAAAGAAACUGGGCUGGAAGGGAGAAAUGCGAAGUGACAGAGGAGCGGAGGACGAGGGGGGAAAAGGGAGACAGCUGGUCGCAGACGGGCUGCCAAGAAAAAGAAGCAGAGCCCUGCCACAGGACGCGACAUUCUUGCAAAUCAGACAGACACUAGCGGAAACUCUUCUCUCCUUCCUGGGCAGGAGGAAGCUCUCCUCACUCACUCUGUGUUUCUCCUGAAUCCAGGAAUUAAGAGCAAUGCGUCUCCCUUCUUCUUCCUUCCCUGAGGCCAAGCAGCAGCGUCACCCUGUGCUGAAAAAGCACCAGCUCCCUCUUAUAUCACUGCAACUAUGCAUUCCACUGUCCUGAUACCAAAGAUGACCGGACGUGUGGAACUCACCAUGUGUCUGCUUCUUUUUGCAUUAAUGGCCCCACAGGGAAUUGCUGAGGUUGGGCCUCGUACAGCGGACUCUGAGGUAGACCCGUCAUUCACUGACGCUUAUCCCAAGCGGAGAAGCCUCAUGCAGCUGCAUCUCAAUAAAUUCAAAUAUCAUUGAAAAGUUUUAUUUAUUUCAACAAUUUGAUUCAGAAACUGAAAAUCGUAUGGAUUCAGUAGAUCAGUACUUAAAUAGUUUGUUGGUUUAGAUCAGCGAUGUCAAACUAAGUUUUAUUUGGGGCGACAUCAAGUUCAUGAAUGUACGGAAAGAGCCAGUUGUGGCAAAAUAUAUUGACAAAACGACAUUAAAGUGUUAAAAUAUGAAUAAAUCGGUGUCUGGAUUCGAUGACUUAAUACGGAAUAUCUUCUCGCAUUCAUAUAAUUUGGCGAAAUACAGAGAAACAUUCUUUGACUUCAUGAAACAAUGUUUAGGCACAACUGUUUCUGUGAAGGCUCUAUUUGUGUCUUUAGGGUUUAGAAGGCCACAUAAAAAAUUAUGAUGGGCCAGAUUUGGCCCCCGGGCCUCGAGUUUGUUCAAUCCAGAAAUGUAAGGCUGGUGUUAUAGUUGUUACCUUUGCAGUGAUUUCUACCACACUUUUUCCCACCACUCAAUUUUCAAUUGACAUGCUUGGAUACAAAACUCAGGACAACCAGUACAUUUUUUUCUUAUUAAAAUUUUUUUUGCUGGCCUGAAAACUGAAUUAUGGAUUUUCAUUAGCUGUAAGCCAAGAUAAAAGAACAACAAAAAAAAAACAUUUUAAAUACGUUUGUAAUGAAUCUAUAUGGAGUUCCUCUUGUUGAAAUUAUGGAAAUAAAACUUUUUAAUGAUAUUCUAGUUUAUUUUGAUGCACAAUUUGAGGACAACUUAUCAGAAAUGGAGAAACCUCAGAGGGCGUCUACAGCGUCCCUUGUACACUUGUGUUGACUACUAUUAAAGUAGGACAAACAUGCAAAAUUGUACAGAAUUGCGCUUAAGAUGAAAAUAUUCUGGUGGUACUUUUUGUUUAACGUAGUUGCACGAGUAAGAAUUUCUUUACUGACAAAUGUGACUUGCUGAACUUUGGUGGUACUUUUGUUCAUUUUCUUAAAAAAAAGAAAGAAAAAGUAUUAAAAAAAAGAUGCUCAAAUGCUAACCCAGCAUAUAAAUAUGAGGACAAAAUAUUUAUAGCAUUUUGAUGUAGUAGAUAAAAGCAGAUUAUGAUAUGUAUUAAAAAUCAGCCCUUAAGAUGGAUUCCAAAGAUAACUUUUACUUUGUUUUCUCUUGGUUGCAGG